AUGAUGAUGGCAUCAAAUUUCCCACUAGAAGAGUAUUCUUCAGAGUAUUCUAGUAGCUCUAGUAGCUCUGAGUCAGACCAGGAUGAAGAGGAUUUGGUCACUCAAUGGAGAAGAACGUACCCUGGAGCUACCAAUUCUUACAUUGUACCUCCAAUGCGACUAGAGCCUGCACGUCCAAUGUCUCUGCUGCCUCCAGUGGCUUAUGCUAGUGACAGUGGGCUUAGCAGCAGAUUUGGUAGGCUAGAAAUCGUGCAGAAGGACAGAGCAGUAGAUACCGUGAGAAAGGAUGGACAAGUUGAAGUAUUUGGAAGAGCAGAUAUGUCAGGAAAGGACUUUGCAAGAGACCUUUUCUGCAAGGCCUACAAGAAAUUUACCAGUCAGAUUAAGGCACUAGUAUCUACCUACCAGUUUUUAGACCCGGCACAGUCUAGGCAGUUUGUCAAAGGAGACAAGUUUGAUUUGGAUGGCAGUGGUAUGGUGUUGGUCCAGGGAGCAGUCAUCAACGGUCUGGCCUGCUGGGAAGAGUUCAUAGUCGAGAUUUUGAAAGAGGGAUUCAUGACUUUUGUUGAGGUUGGUUCGGGGCGUCCGCCGACACUCCACUCUUUGAAGAAGAGUCUGCCAUCGUGCGAUGUCAUCUUGAGAAAGGAACUGAGGACCAGUUGCCAGUUGAAGCCAGCAGACGAGAAGAUGUUCAGUAUCAUGUGGGGAAUCAAUGCCCCGCCAGAGUUUGCAUCGAGAGUCAGCCCGUGGGCCGAAUAUUUCGAGUCUUACUGCCAAUCUACAAUCACCGGUGCCCAGCUAAUACCGGUCUUUAGCCCCGGAGCUGCAAACAGCAUAGACUCUCUCUUCAGCAGGCUGUUCCAAGUCACAGCCGAGGGGAGCAGCCUGUCUGAGAACAUUCUCAACAUCGGACGGUUCCGCUACAAGCUCCAGUUGAACCAAGACGACGAAAUCGAGCUGCAUAUCCACUCCGUGACGGCUCUCAGAAAUAUCUCCCGGGUGUACUACGCCCUUCGCUGCAUUUUCGCACACGGGCACAACCGGAAGACAAUCACAGGGGCGUUGAAAGAUUUCCCCAGAAACGUAGCAGAGUUUGAGCUCGGUAACGAGAGAGCAGCGAAGUACUACCUGGGUUUGUACCGGCGGAUGGAAAAGUACGGUCGAGACACCAGCAUCAGUUACCUCACCUUUAUCAACAUGAUUGAGUUUAUGAAGAGAGCGGCGUUCUUCUUAAUGCGAGCCCUCGCCAAAUGGGUCUACGACACGACUGAAACCUGCAUCUGGAGCUACAAGCCGCAUACUUAA